UUGAUUUUUUUAUUGAAAAGUUAUCCAAUUUGUAGAGUGGAGUGAUGCUCAAAGAUGCUAAAAUUGAAGCCUUUCAUAUAUUCGCCAUCCGUCAGGCUACAUCGCCGACUCGCCGGAUCUCCGAUCGCCGAUAAUAGUUCCGAUUCCUUUCCGGUGAAAUCACUCACAGAAUCUACUCAUCAAUCCAUUCACUACUUUCCCCUUCCCAUAUUGCCUACUCGCCGUCGUUCCUUUUCUGUAUCAAUGGAAUCUUCCGGCUUUAGCACGACGUCGCCGUCAGUCGUGAAGCUGAAACCUAUAGAAGCAACCGCAGAAACUUUUAAAGAGUUUGGACAGGUCAUUGAGGCGUCUCCAGAUGGGGAAGAAUUCGGUCCUCGUGAUGCUCAGCUUGAUUUGAGCAAUGGGAUUCCUAGGUUUUACAUUAUGCAGCUUAAAGAUCGAUCGCUCAAAUUUUCUAAGAUAACACAUCAUGCCAAUGUCACUCAAUGUCUUGGAUCAAUUGGAGGCAAUGUUUGGUAUCUUGGAGUUGCUAAGCCAUCGAUUGUAGAUCCAACUGAUAUCAAGGGUGCUGUUGAUAUUGUUGUGCAGUCACAUUGUGGGCAUUUUUAUGUGCCUCCUGCUGUUGAUGAAGUGCAGGCUUUCAGAAUUUCAGGUCCAAAGUUUAUUAAAUUGAGUCAUGGUACAUGGCAUGCUGGACCACUAUUUACAGAUGAUAAGAUGGAUUUCUACAAUCUGGAGCUGAACAAUACAAACGUGGUUGAUCACACAACUCAUGACUUCAUCAAGAAGAAUGGUGUGGUUUUCGUACUUGAUGAUUAGAAAAACAUCAUACCAAAAAACUUGAUUGAUUGAGCUGUUUAAGUGCAUUUUGAUGUGGUUUCUUUAUACUGAAAUCAUGUUUUUGAUAUGAUUAUUAGUUAUUACCCUGUAUUUGCUAAAAGAAGAACAUCCAUGUUCCGUGUUGGAAAUAUUGGUAUUCAGUUGAACUCAUAUGUGAUACGCUAGAUACCCCACUCUUUUUGGCCUGUUCUUUUUGGGAAUUUGUAGGAUGUGCUCCUGGAAUAUGAGAAGAAGACAUAUGCAAAGCUGAUCAACUCUAUUGAAGCUCAGCCAAGCAAAGCAUUGCAAGCAAUUCUAAAGUCAUCCUUGGCAAAGAUUUAUAAGAGGCAGAAGUAAGAAAUAGAAUUAUUGAAUAUCUGUGUUUAAUGUUUAGAAUUAUUUGUGCUUCUUUCAUUUCACGGGGUGUCUGGUACCUGCUUGGAGCCAGACUAUCUGAAUCAGAACCAGAAAGUUUGGUGAUAACCAGCUCCCCAUCAUAGGUAACUCCAUAGUGCGCACAACUUUAGUGAUAGUUAUUUGUGCUUCUUCGAAUGAAUAAAACAUGGCUGUAUUUCAUGAA